AUGGUACAAAGUAACUACAUUGACUCCUUCGUCCACAUAGCCAAAGGCAUAUAUAAACUGCAAAUAGAUAUCCCUCCAUCGGAGCGUGAACUAAUUUCGACUUUCGAACAGUCCUAUUAUGGCCAAUAUUUUAAUAUGACUGAAUCAAACGAUUUAAUUGGAAUUAUUGUUCAAUUCCUUAACUGUAAAUGUGUUAAAGCUGCAUGCUCACGGCUAAUGGAAUUUUAUGUGCCAGACAAUACUACUUACCUUUUGAGCCAAGUCUCCAGAAUAAUACAUCCAGAAUACAGCCCUUCACUUGAUGAUAUAAUCAGAGCUAGGGCUUCAACUAAAGGGAUUUAUGAAAUUAUUUUCUCUUUCAGGCAGUUUACCAUAAGGUUAAUUGAUGUAGGCGGUCAGAAAACAGAACGUCGAAAAUGGAUUCAUUGUUUUGAGGGUGUCACCGCUAUUUUAUUUAUUGUUUCACUUGCAUGUUACAAUAAUGUAUUGGAGGAAGAUGCAAAUAUUGUGGGUUAUUUAAAUUUAAAAUCUCAUUAUUGUCAAGAAGUCGGGAAAAUUUUCCUUAAUAUCAAGAAGCGUAUACACUGCUCCACAUAA